AUGAAUGAAAUAGAAGAAUAGGAAAAAUAGUUAUAUUAUCUUUAAAGAUAGAAAAUAGCCCAAUAAGAGAAAUAGUUACUAAUGAAGGAUCAAUUGAUAUUGGAAUUGCAAAGCAAAUACAAGAAUCUUUAUGAUGAUUAUUAGCACAAUUUAAGAGUUAUUAAAGAUAGGGAUGAGGAACUGGAUGAAAUAACAGACAAGCUCCUCUCCCUGAAACAGUAGAAUGAUAAAUAGCUGAAUGAAUAUAUUGAAUUGGAAGCUGAGAUACAUAGAAAGCAGGAAGAAUGGAAAUUAUAACGGGAUAAUUUGAAAUCCAAGAAUGAUGAAUAGAGGAAAGAAAUUAAAUAUCUAAAGCGCAUUCAUGAAGAAGAGAUAAAUUAAUUCUAAGCCAAAUACAAAUAAACGCUUCACUAAUUAGAAUAAUUGAAAAAUGAAAAAUUGUAUUUCAAAAAUCAAUAGGAUCAAUUACAUGAUUAAAAGGAGUAGAUCGAAUAACUGCUCCAAAAAAACAAUGAUCAAAAGAACAUCAUCAUUAAGUUGGAGCAGGCUUCAGAAUAGCACAUCCAAAUCAAUAAUGAAAAUGCUUAAUUGUAAUAGAAACUUAAUCUUCAGAAACAAUAAUUCAAUGAGCAAAUAGCUGAAUUUCAAAAUGAUAAUCAACUUUUGAAAUUGAAAAUCUAAUAAUAACAAUAAAUUAUUGAUUAAAUCAAAAGAGAUCACGAUGAUUAAUAGGGAUAGGAUUCUAUCAAUUAAAACAAAUUAUAAAAUGUUGGAGAUGAAAUAAAAAAAGAAAACUAAAGGAAAGUUGUUGAAGGAGCAGACUCAACAAUAAUUGAAAUCGAUUCAAACUCAGUCAGAGGAGAAGAUUAGAAAAUUGGAAUACUAAUUACAACAUUAUAAAUACAAGAGGCAAAUUAAAAGGAAAAAUGUUAGGAAAUAGAAACCAAGCUUAAUCGAUUGAUUUUUGAUAAUGAACAAAGAGUAUAGUAAUUAAUUAAAAAUAAUGAGUUGGAUAAAAAACAAUCAAAGAAUGAUUUGGAUCUGAAGAUCUAUUAAAUCACUCAAUUAAAUGAUGAAAUAGCAAAUCUAAAAUCGACAAUCAAUGAGUCCAACAAAUUACUAGAUAAUAUGGCAGCCAAAAUUUAAGAAUUGAAGAAUGAAAAUAAUAUUUUAAUAGAGGAAGUGGUCGCCUUAAGGAAAAAUAAUAAUUUAAAUAAUACUAACAAAAAACCACAAUUAUAAUAAUCCAAUCCUUCCAAUAAGAAACCAUCUUAAUAAUAGCCAUAGCAACAAUAACCAAUUCAAUAACCCAAGAUGAAGUUCUUAGAUGAGGAGGAAGAGGUGGAAUCGGUUGAAAAACUCCUCUUUAGUGGAGAUGAAGGACCUGUAUCUAGUCUACUUUAGAGGGGAUCUAUGCAAUAGCAGAUCAAAUAAUCCAAGCAAUCCUUGUCUAAACAUCAUCGAAGUUUGGAAUAGGAAAAUACUCAAUUAAAAUUGUUUGUGAAAGACAUGCAUCAAACAAUGGAGAAUACAAAGGAUUAGUUAUUGUUGAAGGUUUAGGAAUUAAAUAUUCAAAAGCAAGAGUGUUAUUAGGCCAAAGAGAAAAUCUAAUCGCUCUAGCAGGAAAUCUUGAAAUAUAAAGAAUAAAUCUUAAUUCUCUAAGCAUAAACAAAAAAUAAUGAGGAUUUGGAAAGUGUAACUAGUGAAUUAAAACUACAGAUAGAGAAUCUUAGUAAAAAGCUUUAGAAUUCAAAGGAGGUCAUUUUGAAGUUGAAGUAAGAGAGAGAAAAACUCUUGGAUAUAACAAAUGAAUUGAAUUAAAAAUUAAAGGAUUCUGACAAUCAGGAGGAAUUGUUAUAGAUGCAAACUGAAAUAAAAUACUUAUAAAAUUAAAUUAAGUAGUUGUAAUUAUAAAAUGAAAUUCCAAUAAAUUAAAAAUCACAACUACCAAAUCUUAGUGAGAUUCAAAAUUAAUUGUUUGUGAAAUGA